AGAAGAAGCACUGAAAUGCUGCGUAGAGCUGCCACGACUGUGGGAUCCGCAUGUAAAAAAUACGACCUGAAUUGCACAAAAUUCGCAAAAAACAGAAGGCCAAACACCAUGGCCGAUCUGCAGAAGAUUGCGAGCAACAACGAGCGCGCCGAAGCGCUGAUUAACUCCAUUGAAGCUGAGAUUUACGGCAUCCAGCAGCAACUUGUGGAGCGCCAGAAGCAGGAGCUAAUCAAGGAGAACGCUGCACUGGCCAAGGAAGUUGGGGCGGCUCUGGCGCAGCUAGUGCAGCUGGAGCUGCGAAACGGCAAGAAACAGAUUCCAGUGCCUGGAGCCCGUGAGUUCUGCACCAGUGCGGCCCCAGUAGAUCUGCCGGCAGAGGCUGGACCUGCUCCCGCUGCUCAGGCUUCUAAACUGGCCAAGGAUCCCAAGGAAAAGAAGGUCAAGGAAAAGAAACCGGCCGCCGAGAAGCCGGCUGCCGCUCCAGAGGCUCCCGUAGACGUAGGACGCCUGGAUUUACGCGUGGGCAAAAUUGUCGAGGUGGGUCGCCAUCCCGACGCCGACAGUUUGUAUCUGGAGAAGAUCGACUGCGGCGAGGCGGGCCCACGCACCGUGGUGUCCGGCCUAGUGAAGUUCGUGCCCCUGGAGGAGAUGCAAAACCGACUGGUAGUGGUUAUGUGCAACCUAAAACCGGCCAAAAUGCGCGGCGUCACCUCGGAGGCUAUGGUCAUGUGCGCCUCUACACCGGAAAAGGUAGAAGUGCUGAGUCCGCCGGCCGGAGCUGUUCCCGGCGACCUAGUUCAUUGCGAGGGCUAUCCGCGCCAACCGGACGCCCAGCUCAACCCCAAAAAGAAGAUCUUCGAGUCGUGUGCCCCGGAUCUAAUGACCAACGACGAUCUGGUUGCUUGCUACAAAGGCGCCGCACUCCAUGUUCCUGGCAAGGGCAAUGUGGUGGCCCAAACCCUGAAGAACGUCAAUGUGAAGUAAGCAAAUAAACGGUUAUCUGCAGACCAGGGUUAUGCACAAAUCAA